AUGGAUAUCGUGUCCAGGAAUCUGACGACAAACGAGCCGCCAUGGAAUAGCACUCCAGCGUGGAAGUUGCCUGGCUGGGCCGAGCCAUUGAUGGUCGUCACGAUCCUCUUCGAAAGCAUGAUUUUGACCAGGAGAAGAGGGUACCGGAUAAUCAAAAGCCAGUCAGGUAUCUACAUGUCAGCUCUGGAUACCGACAACACGACCUGCUCAUCGGACGAGCUUCUGAGUCGAGACCAGUGCAGCGAAGACGACACCCACGAACACAUGGCUUCAACCAAACACCUACCUAAGACACGAAGAUUGCACAACUUCGCUUUCAAGACGCCGAAUACUUCCAGGUUCAAGAACAACUUCCAUAGUCGAGUGCUACAGCGCUUUCCCUUUCUGCUAGAAAUUUUCUAUUGGCUCAUCAACUAUGCCUUCUACCGUAUGACAGCCAUAUUAUCGCAGAAGGUCUUUACUGGCAGAGGUAUUUGGACAGUUGCCGAAAGUCAUGGGCUUGCUGUCCUGGAUUUUGAGCAACACGGGUUCCUCAGUUCUCUGUUCCCUCGUGAGCUGGCGAUACAGCAGUGGCUCAUGCACAACCAUCAGGAUGCGUUGAGCCUCUUGAACAAAGCGUAUGCGUACAUUCACAUACCUGGAACUGUCAGCUUCAUUGCAUGGUGUUACUACGCCGCACCGUCGCAUUCAACCUUCGCAACGAUACGCCGGACCAUGAACUUGACCAACUUUAUGGCCUUCACAACGUACGAUUUCUACCCUUGCAUGCCUCCGCGGCUGUUGCCAAAAGAAUACGGGUUCUUGGACACAGUCAGACAUGAUGAUGGGCAGUCGGUGUGGAUGAGUGGUAAGUAUGUCAAUAGCCUCGCAGCCAUGCCGAGUAUGCACUUUGGAUACGCUCUCUGUAUCGGCUGCACGAUGGUCUACCACUCAGGGAUGUUCGUUGGAACGCUAGAGCAUGGCGAGAUGGGCAAGACUUGGAUGUGGAAGGUCUUCUACAUUGACCUCGGAGUCGGCUACCCAACGAUAAUCUUGACGAGUAUCAUUGCAACAGCCAAUCACUAUUUCCUGGACGCCGUGGUUGCGACGAUAUUCGUAUUGGCGGCGUUCAUGAGCAACAAGGUGUUUUGUGUGUUUGUUCCCNUCGAGGACUGGUUGUUUUGGGCGGUUCGUGCAGAGAGGCCGAUUCCCAGUACAGGCAAGAGGUACAGAUCGCUAGGCUAUCAUUUGUAG